AUCGCUUUUAAUUGAAAGAACAAAUAAAAUCCGUCUUUUAUAAAAUAUUUUAGGGAGUUUGACUGUAAUUGAACUAAUUUUGGUACGAUUGUGAAGUGAAAGAAUAAUGAAAAAUGUCGGACAGGUUUUGUGUUGUCAAUAUAUUUUCGUAAAUAAUUGUUACUGUGUAAUUUUCUCAGAGGUUCGAUCCGAAGUGCAUAUCCAAUGAAUUGCCAUACGUAUUUAGAAAGACAAUAACCCUGGAGUAAUAUUUUAUUUGAAAUCACGUAUUUUUAUUGUGUAAUGUUCCCCUACGUCAGCGCUUGGUCUUUAAUUUGAUUGUUAGAAAUGGAUCAAGCUCAAGGAAAUGUUGCAGGGGCUGCCUUUUACCAGCUUAGUAUUACUGUUGAGUCUGCCAACUUAAGACCUAGCAUGCUCCUCAAGCCUUACGUAGAGAUCCUAGUAGACGAUAGGGGCGCUCAAAAGACUGAGACGGUAAAAACGAGUAGCUGCCAACCGAAAUGGAACGAAACAUUUACUUGCUUGGUCACACCUCGAUCGAAGAUCCUUUUCCAAGUCAAGGAUCAUUACAGAUAUAAAAAAGACACUGUCAUAGGAGAGAAAAAAGUCGAUUUGUUUAUGUUAUUGUUUCAUUUUAACGGAAGAUGUGAUAAUUUGGAUGUUACGUUAGAUCUCAUGGGCGAAGCGAAACAGAACGAUGGUCCACAAAAAGUUGGUGAAUUAAUUUGUACAUUUAAGGGACUAAUCGUUGAUAUGACUCAAUACAUCCGCUCAAAUGACUCUUUACCACUAGGACAGAACAAUACAGACUCUACGACUAGGGCGGUUUUAAAUGGCAUUCGAGCCAAAAUUAAAGGCCAAGGAGCAGAGAAUGUAAUGCCGACUCAGAAUUCCUCAACAACACCAGCUACAACUAGAAACAGUACAGAAAGGAUAGAGGCUAGAAGAAGCCAGGUUGUGACACCAGCUGCUACACCCUUGCCGAUGUCCACCAGCAGCAACAAUAUUCCUAAUGGCUGCAUCGGACCACCAAUAACUGUGCCAAAUGGUAACGUCGUACACAGCGAGUCGGAUGAAACCAGAGCCGAUGCCGAACCUUUGCCACCUGGUUGGGAGCUUCGAUUUGAUACAUACGGCCGAAGAUAUUAUGUGGACCACAAUACGAGGUCGACGUCUUGGGAACGACCACAGCCUUUACCGCCUGGAUGGGAGAUGCGGCGGGAUCCCAGAGGUCGCGUCUACUAUGUAGAUCACAACACGAGGACCACUACAUGGCAGAGGCCGAAUUCUGAGAGACUGCAGCACUAUCAGCAAUGGCAGGGACAGAGACAGCACAUCGUUUCACAAGGUAAUCAAAGAUUUUUGUAUCCCCAACACCAACCCGGGCCCAUACCAGGUCCCUCGGUUGUUGCUGACGACGACGACGGUCUGGGUCCUCUUCCUUCUGGAUGGGAAAGACGCGUGCAGCCAGAAGGUCGUGUGUAUUUUGUCAACCACAAGAACAGGACCACCCAAUGGGAAGACCCGCGGACUCAAGGACAGGAGAUCAGCGAAGUUGAGGAGUUACCUUUACCGCCUGGCUGGGAAAUUAGAUAUACGGAGGACAACAAAAGGUACUUCGUGGAUCACAAUACGAAAUCGACGACUUUCGACGAUCCAAGACCAGGGGCGCCUAAAGGGCCCAAAGGAGUGUACGGCGUACCGAGGGCGUAUGAAAGGUCGUUCAAAUGGAAAAUUAGUCAGUUCAGAUUUUUGUGUCAAAGCAACGCCCUCCCCAGCCAUAUAAAGAUCCAAGUCACCCGCCAAACCUUAUUCGAAGACUCUUUCCACACCAUCAUGAGGUUACCGGCGUACGAACUGCGCAGACGGCUCUACAUCAUCUUCAAAGGUGAAGAAGGCUUAGAUUAUGGCGGCGUUAGCAGAGAAUGGUUCUUCCUCGUCUCCCACGAAGCGCUCAACCCUAUGUAUUGUCUGUUUGAAUACGCGAACAAAAACAACUACAGUCUACAGAUCAAUCCUGCUUCGUAUGUGAACCCGGAACACUUGACGUAUUUCAAAUUUAUAGGUAGAUUUAUAGCGAUGGCGCUCUACCACGGUAGGUUCAUCUAUUCCGGAUUCACGAUGCCUUUCUACAAGAGAAUGCUGGGCAAGAAACUUGUGAUGAAGGACAUCGAAAGUAUAGAUCCAGAAUUUUACAAUUCGCUUGUGUGGAUAAAAGAGAACGACAUCGACGAUUGCGGUCUGGAGUUGUACUACAGUGUAGAUUUUGAAGUUUUGGGCCAGAUAGUUCAUCACGAAUUAAAGAAAAACGGGGACAAAGAAAGAGUCACCGAAGAAAACAAAGAGGAGUAUUUGACGUUAAUGACUGACUGGAGGAUGACGAGAGGUAUCGAAGAACAGACCCAGGCAUUCCUCGAUGGUUUUAAUGAAGUAGUACCGAUUGAAUGGCUGAAAUAUUUUGACGAACGAGAACUGGAACUUUUAUUAUGUGGAAUGCAAGAGAUUGAUGUCGAGGACUGGCAGAGGCACACGAUAUACAGGCAUUAUACAAGAAAUAGUAAACCCGUAGCCUGGUUUUGGCAGUUUGUCAAGCAAUCAGACAAUGAAAAACGGGCUCGAUUACUACAAUUCGUAACCGGUACUUGUCGAGUACCAGUAGGAGGUUUCGCGGAACUGAUGGGAUCCAACGGUCCUCAAAGGUUCUGCAUAGAAAAAGUAGGCAAAGAAUCGUGGCUGCCCCGCUCACACACCUGCUUCAACAGGCUGGACCUUCCUCCAUACAAAAGCUACGAACAACUCGUAGAGAAACUGACGUACGCUAUAGAAGAAACCGAUACUUUUGGACAAGAAUAAUAAUCUUCACUUCUAAAUGUAUUUGUACCUGAUUCCGACAUAUAAGUCUAUUUCCUCUAGAAGUUUUUGUUUUUGGGUGGUCUUAGAUAUGUAGUAACUGCAUCGCAAAAUGUUGAAAUUGUUCCUUAUACGGAAGAAUCUGAAAGUAUUUCUGAUGUUUCUAUAAAAUUACAAAAAUUGGACGUUUUAAUAAUACUAAGCGAAAUAAACAAACGGUUUAUUAGCAAUAUUCACAAUUCUUCAUCUUAUUCUUGUAUCGUGGUUUUUGUUGGUGAGCUAUGUACUUUUUUGCUAUUUUAAAGUUUAAAUUAUCAAUAGUAAUGAUUCAUCCCAUCUCUAUUUUUCAAAAAUCUCCCAUCUAUUUCAAGCAAGAACGUUACUGUGAGGUUUUGUUAUUGGGAAAGUCGUAUAAUGUAUUGAUAUUGUACAAGAGACCUUGAAUGGUUAAGCUGUAACUUUAGCUUGUUUUUUGACAGUUAAGUUAUGCAUUCUAACCAAUUUUCAAGUUGAAAUCAUCAAAAGUAACGACUCAGUUCAAUUGUGGUUCCCAUCACUAACGUAGGCAAAAUUUUUUCUGAUAUAGAAGAUAUUUUAAAAAUGGAAGAGAUUCUUUCAUCUCUGAUAAUAGUAUAUUAUUCAACGAGCAUGUAAUGAUGGCUAUUACUCACGAUGAUGAAGUUUUCGACACGAGCCGUAGGCGAGUGUCUUAAUUCAUCAGAGUGAGUAAUAGCCAUUACAUGCGAGUAGAAUACUAUACUUUUUCUACGACCUUUUUUUUAUUUUAAUUAGUAAAAAAUUUAAUUAUCAACUACUCUAGAUUUAAAUUAUAAUAAUUUACAAAAAUACCUAAAUGCUAUUUACCCCUAGUACGUGGCUGAAAAAUUGGUUGCCUACUAUUACUAAAUUCUUAUUUAUUGUAAAAAUACAACUAGAAAUAGUAAAAAUAAGUUCUAUUCGUUUUCGAAAAAUUAUAAGCUUAAAUUUGUACCUACAGUCAGUGAAUCUAAUAAAUGGCUGUUGUCGGUGGACGUACUUCGUAUAUAGUUAUAAUGUAUAUUUACAUUUAACUAUGUAUAUAUAAUAUAAUAAUAUAACUAUACAUAAUAUGUUAUAUCAUAUUUAACACAAUAUAACUUGAAAAAUAAACACAAUGUUAGUUAUAAAUUCCAAUUAACAUAAACAAAAUGCGCUAUAUGUCACUGUCACUAAAUUAAAUGAUAAACGUCAAAAUUUUUAGUAAACAAGAUAUAAACGUCAAAAAUAGACUGACAUUGUUACAGUUAAAAUUCAUUUAAAAAUUUUUCGAAGUUAAUUAUUGGUAUAAAUUACAAUAAUUAUUGUAUUAAAUAAACAAGUUUAAGUAAUUUUAUUUGCAGUUUAUAUACGAUUAAUAUUAAAAGUGGCAUGCGCUACUUGAAUCUAACUUCAGCCCGUGAGUAAUGACCCGUGAGUAACUUCAGCCCGUGAGUAAUGAAUUAUUACUCACGGGUACAGUAAUGGGUGCUAUUAUCUAUGAAAAAAUAGCGAAUAAUGACCAUGUUAUUAAACGGUCGUAGAAAAAGAUUAUAUUUUUCCCAGCGGUGGUUCUUUUGUGAUUUCUGGCGAAAACAUACAUACCGAAAUAUACAUUUUUUGACAGUUCAGUCACGCCGUUUAGCCAAUUUUCAAGUUCGAAUCAUCAAAAGUAACGACUCAGUACAAUUUUGUUUCCCAUCUCUAAUAUAGGGGAAAUAUUUCUGGUAUAGAAGAAAUUUUAAAAAUAGAAGAGAUACUCUCAUCUUUUAUAAAGAUUAUGUUUUUCACAGCGGGGGUCUUUUGUGAUUUCUGGCAGAAACAUACAGUACACCGACAUUAUACAAGCAAUAGAGCUUUAGCUUGGUUUGAUAGUUUUGUCACGCCUUUUAGCCAAUUUUCAAGUUCGAAUCAUUAAAAGUAAUGACUCAGCAAAAUUUUGUUUAGGGAUUGGGGGGGGGGGGGAUACUCACAAUUUUACUUUUUACCCAUUUUUGUCCAGUCGAAAACAUUUAAGUCCUAAAAUCAUAUAAAGGAGCGAUUUAGUCAAGUAGUAUUUUAACCAUCUCUAAUAUGUAUAUACGGGAGGCCUACGUGCAACAGUGGACAAGUAUAGGCUGAAUGAUGAAUAUGUAUAUAAAAAAUAUUCGUGAUACAUAAGAAAUACUUUCAUUUUUAAUAGAUGUUAUAUUUUUUUAUUACUUUCAGUCCAUUUAAAAGUUCGAAUCAUGAAAAAUAACGAUUAUAAAAAUUCGCCAUCUCUAAUACGUACUAUGUUUUAUUCUCAGUGAUUUUUUUUAUGACAUAUUCAUUUAUGUUUUGCGAUGCAGUUAUUUACGAAGUGCAACAGGGUUCAUAGAAAAUAUUUAUUUAUAUUUUACAGUAGCUCAUAUACAUAUUACUAUAAUUCGUAUAUACAGGGUGUGCUUUUUAUUUAACACUUUAUUCAUAUAUAUUGUCUUUAUAAUAAAGUCACUAUUUCGUGAGAUAUGAACUCUGAUGUAUGUAUCACUUUUUAUCGUGUUUCUAGUAAUUGGCAAAUAUACAGAAAAUUUUUGAAAAUUUUAAAGUUUUAUGAUAUAGUUGGUCAUAUUUUGACGAGCUCUAAAACCAAAUGUUUGUUAUUCACAAUAAAACCAAUAAUUCAACACUAAAACAAUUUUUCUGCAUAAAAAAAGUCGUAUAUGAAGAUAUACAGGGUGUUUGGUAAAGAAUGGGCUAUAGCUUAACCUUAGAUUCCUCUGCUUAAAAUAGGUCGAUUUAAGCUAACUUACCUUAGUACAAAAGUUGAUAAUAACCGAAAUACAGGGUGCCAAAGUUAAACUUUUAUUUUAUUUAUUUUUGAAUAUUUCCAUGGGCAUGGGACAACAACACGAAAUUUGGUAAGUGGUGCUGGUAUUGUACAAUCUACUAAAUUAUGUUAAACAAACGUUUCUGGCUACUACCAGAGGCGUACGACGGGGAAACGUGAAUGGUUGACCCUUCCCAAAUUCUACGCCACUGGUGGAAUUGCUAUUUUAGCGCAAGUUUUUGAUUCUCCAAUACUUUCUAUGUAAAAACAUACUCUUCAUUCGUAACGAUAGAGCCAUUAGUUUUCGAGAUAUUUGAAGCUAAAAACGACCGAGCAUAAUACAUUAAUCAAAAUAAGUGUGCCUUUUCAUAUUUAACUUCAAAUAUCUCGAAAACUAAUGACUUUAUCGUUACGAAUGAAGAGUAUAUUAUUUGCAUAGAAAGUAUUGGAGAAUCUAAAAAUUAUGCUAAAAUAGCAGUUUCAUCAGUGGCGUAGAAUUUGGGAAGGGCCAACCAUUCACUUUUUCCUGUCGUACGCCUCUGGUAUUAACCAGAAACGAUUAUUUAACAUAAUUUAGUAGGGUGUACAGUACCUACAUUUUCUGCCAAAUACCAUAAGGAUGUGCCAAAUAGUUUUAUAGUACCAGACACACAUAGUUCUUAUAGUUCCUAAGUUUUAAAUAAAGAAUAAAUUAUUUAAAAAAAAGAAUACUUUAAAAUAAUUUCACAUAUCCGUGUGAUACUUGGCAGAAAGUGUAGGCACUGUACACCCUACUAAAUUUUGUUAAAUAAUCGUUUCAGGCUACUACCAGAGGCGUACGACAGGGGAAAGUGAAUGGAUGACCCUUUCCAAAUUCUACGCCACUGAUGAAACUGCUAUGUUAGCAUAAUUGUUAGAUUCUCCAAUACUUUCUAUGCAAAUAAUAUACUCUUCAUUCGUAACGAUAAAGUCAUUAGUUUUCGAGAUAUUUGAAGUUAAAUAUGAAAAGGCACACUUAUUUUGAUUAAUGUAUUAGCUUCAAAUAUCUAGAAAACUAAUGGAAACAAAUUACGAAUGAAGAGUAUGUUUUUUACAUAAAAAGUAUUGGAGAAUCAAAAAAUUGCACUAAAAUAGCAAUUCGUGCUAUCCAAAGUGUUCGAAAACCUUUUAUUAACCAGACUAACGCCUCUCCUAGAAGACAAGGUAAUAAUUCCAACUCACCAAUUUGGAUUCAGGCAGAAACAUUCUACCAUUCAACAAGUACAUCGAAUAGUAAACAGAAUCCAUAAAGACCUCGAAGCAUCCAGAUAUUGCUCCGCCCUGAUCAUAGACAUAGGACAAGCGUUUGACAAGGUAUGGCACCAGGGGUUGCUCUAUAAGCUAGCUCAUUUUGGAACUACUAAUGAAAUAAAAAAUUUUAGUAGUUCCAAAAUGACACAAAAUCUAGGCAUCGGAUAAAAAAGUUUAUUUGAAGAAAGUGCAUUUUUUUGUUCUUCUUAAUGGCGGUACAGGUUCGUUUUUUUAAUAUUGUAUUUAAUUACAGAGUAAUUUCCACAUAUUAAUAUAUUUUUCAAAUUGGGCUCUGUACCGCCAUUCUUUAUUAUAUUACGAAUACGUGUGCCAAAUAUCUCGAAAAAAUAUUCAAAAUUACAGCCGCAAUCUUGGAACGCGUUUUUGCUACCUGUUGAUCGCUACUGUAUCACCUUAAGAGCGGCAUAUUAAUGGGUAUGUUCGCCACAUGUCAAUAGUUUAGCCGACAAAAAUAUUACUUAAUGCUUAUUACUUUGUAAAAAACGGCAGAUUGUAAUAAAUUGGGAUGUCAAUAAAAAAAAUAGCAAUUCCGCCAGUGGCGUAGAAUUUGGGAAGGGUCAACCAUUCACGUUCCCCUGUCGUACGCCUCUGGUAGUAACCAGAAACGUUUGUUUAACAUAAUUUAGUAGAUUGUACAAUACCAGCACCACUUACCAAAUUUCGUAUUGUUGUCCCAUGCCUGUCAGGAAAUAUUCAAAAAUAAAUAAAAUAAAAGUUUAACUUUGACACCCUGUAUUUAGGUUAUUAUCAACUUUUGUACUAAGGUAAGUUAGCUUAAAUCGACCUAUUUUGACCUCAGGAAUCUAAAGUUAAGCUAUGGCCCAUUCUUUACCAAACACCCUGUAUACAGAUGACAUAAAUUCACUUAAAAGUACUUUAUUUUUGCAACAGUCUCGAGAUAUUACAAAUUAUACAUUUAAAAAAUCGUACUUUAAUAAGUAUAUUGGUGUUUUUACUCUACUAAUGAGUUGUAGACAAGUUUGAAUGAAUCAGUACAGCUCUAUCAUCCUGUUUGCAAUCCAAAUUGCUAUAAAUGAUGUUGGAUUAUUGGUGAUAAUAACUAUAUGCUUAUUAUUAUGUUGCUGUCGCAUUAAUUACUAAAUGUAUAUGUUGCAAAUCCAGUCUGAUCCGUCUACGAACUUCUGAUAUUGCCAACUACUAACGCUCACUUAUUUUCGCACUUUCCUAAGGGAAUUGAAGGAGUAUAUUAUAAACCCGUGGGAUUCUCCCAACUCAGUAUUCACUUCCCACAACUUUUUAACUGUAUUUACUUAAAUGUGAUAUCUAGUAAUAUAUUGGCCUACUUCUGCUGUUAGAUGUAUCUUUUACUGUGGAAAGUCGAUGGUUGAAUUAUUUUCGAAGUUAUCACAAGAAUUGAAGACGUAUUUGAGGUAUGAAACGUUUAUGUUUUGAUAAAAAAAUCACCAGCAAACAACGGUUCAUUCAGAGGUUUUUCUAGGGCGAUUCGGGAUACAAAUUUGAAUUAAACAGUAAAUAAAUAAUACAAUAUACGUUGAUGACCGCGCUAAUAACCGGCAAAAUAACGCAAAAGAUGGAAAACAUAUUAAGUUGUGAUAUAAAAAGAGAUGAAACACUAGAGGUGGAAAUUUAGCGAUAGAAACCUAUAAAUUUACAUUUUAUUGAUUGUUUCACACCUUUAGACGCAUCAGAGGAGUAUGUCAACUAAAACUGUCACUGCCACAUUGGUAGUGGCCAAAUUCGUCCGACACGUCUGAAGGUGGGAAACAAUCAAUUAAAUGUAAAUUUAUAAGUUUCUAUCGCUAAACUUCCACAACUUAAUAUGGUUUCCGACUUUUACGUUAUUUUGCCGGUUAUUAGCGCACUAAUCACUGUAUAUACUAUUUUUUUUGUCAGAUAUCGGCAAUAAUGCCGAGAAAUUCUAUCCUGAACCUUUCUUUGCAGAGUAUUUCAGAUUCAAAAGCUUCGAACGAAACUUUUUAUUCAAAAACGACACAUUUUGUGAAUGGCCGUUUUAUUUUUCCGGUGAAUGUAUGACUUUGUAUGCCGAAACUUACUUUUUAUGGAUUCUACAUGUCGUGAUUGACAUAGGUGUCAGGCAAGUUUUGGAACUAGAAACGGAUAGACUGAAAAAUUUAACCAAAUUAGACUAAAAUAAUGUUUAUUGCUGAUACUUACAAUUUUACUGCUGUAACGAAGAUACAAUUGCGUCUAAAAUAGAAUCUCAAAAUGCUUCUUCAUUCUUUUUUGGACAGCGUUGAAGAAAUCUUUUGUUAGAACUCGCGAAUUCUCACCAGUUAGUCUUCAAAGGCAGAAAUCGAAGGUCUACUGGAAUUCUAUUGACCGUCUUCUAAAACUCUGGGCGUCAUUUUGUCAAAUAUUCAUGUCUAUACACCAACGAACUGUCAAUACUGAUGGAAUGGCCCCGUCUCAUUCAUACAGUGAAGCGAGAUUGCGGCCAACAUACAAGAGAGAGGUCCUAGAGAGACAGAGAAUUUGUCAGGGAAAAUUUGCUAUAACUACCACCAGAGUUGCCAGAUGAUUUUAUAAAUCCCCCACUUCGAAUCUGAAAUUCCCUCAAAUUGAAGCUUAAAUCCCCCAAAUUUAAAUUUUUGCCGCAUUUUAAUAAAUUAGUAGUCAAAUGUAGAGAACAGUAAACCAAUAUUAUUAAACAACUUAUCUACAGAGGGCCCUGGAAAUAAUUCAUAGGUCCUAUCGUCUUCGAUUAUAUGAGAGUAUAAUAUACAGUUGUACCCCCCCCCCCAAUUGUUUCUGCUUAGAAAAAUUCCCUAGACGCUUUCAAAUUACUCCAAAAUUGUGGGAAAAUACCCCAAUCUAGCAAUCCUGACUACCUAUAUUAAUUUUUUUGUUUACGAAAUAUGUCUUACCUUCCCUGACUAUCGCUCUCUCAUCCUGGUCGCAUUAAAUUCGCUUCAUGCUCAAUCCAUCAGUAUUGACAGUUCGUUGCUAUACACCGAUAAACAAAUUGACAGCUGUCAAUGUAACACAGAGCCAUGGCCAGCUUGGUGUGGUAGCGAUUUAAAUAGGCAGAAUUAAAUUAAAUAGCAAUGUUGCCAGAUUGGACUAAAAUCUUUCCUUCUAGGUAUUACGGCUUGAUUUACUUUAUAUUGACAUGCCAAUGAGUUAAAUACAAUUUUAAUGAUUUAAAAUUGAAUUUAACUCAUAGCCAUGUUCGUUUUUUUUUACAGUUCGUGCUUCUGAAAUUAACCAAAUCAUCGACCUUUUGCAUCGGUAUACUAAUAAUGUAUAUAAUGACUGUAGAAAGUACAUAUAUAGCGAUUAUUUUUGAAAGAAAAGUUCAAGUAACAAGACUCGAACAUUCCUGAUAACUAUUAUUUACUUGUAAGAGAUUAAUUAGUCUAUAUAUAACGGCCUCAACGGAAAAAGAACCAAAGGUUUUGUUGAUUUUUUCUAUACACACCGUAUUUAUUUUUAAUCAAUCCGUAUAAGUUUGUAUAUUUUAAUUUUAAUGUAUAGAAUUGUAAAUGAUAAAUUAUAGAUGUAAAUAUAUGAAUGUAUAUAUAGAACGUACUACAAUAAAUUAUGGAUUAUU